UUGGCGCCAAAGAGCUUGGCGCUUAGGUACCUAUUCUAUUCGCAGUUUUCGCACGUCGCAUAUUCGCGGGUUAUGCUAUUUUUGUUGUGUAAUUGUGUGUUAUUGCGUUAAAUUGUGUAAAAUUGACUAAUUUAAGUGAAAUAGAUAAGAAUUGUUAAGAAUUAUUUUAAACAUGGAUCCCGCUAAAAUGAAAGUGCUCGAUCUACGAUCGGAGCUUGGUGCCCUCGGAUUAGACACCAGUGGGUCGACACUUAGAACAUCGUUUUGGUUAGGCUUCCAUUAUCAAGCAAUUUUAAACUUCUUUCAAUUGACAUAGAGUUCAAAUUAUUUUGUACUUUUCAAAGACCUUAGGGAGAGUCUGUUCUGCCAACUUUUAGAAAAAAUAAAAAUAUUUCUAAUGUUGGCCUUUCCGAUAUCUUGUCAAUGGUUAAGCAAAGACAACUUGAUUUUGAUUUAUUGUUUACAAAUUCAAAAUGGCGUAGUAGUUUUGUGUUUGUCUUGGCGGUUACAGUUCACGACUUCAUAAAAUUCUAUUUACUCGGCUAAUCACUGGACAUUUAACUAUCCCAAAUACGUUGAGUUGAGCCUGCUCCUCCGUUUUGUUGAUAAUUCCCCCCAUAGUGAAUCGUGUUGUGAGUAAGAACUAUAUUUGCGAGGUAUUGACUCUAUUUUAAGUGUGGUAUUAUUGUGAUUUGUGAUGUCUUAUUUAAAUCAUAAAUGUGUGCUUUGCGGCAAAAGGCGGAUGCCAAAUUCCAAUGUUUCUUUAUUUCGCUUUCCACUCGAUCCAGACCGGUGUCGGUUAUGGGUUAAAUUUAUUGGUAAUGAGGAUCUUGUACAUGUGGCAAUUGAAAAUCUUAAUGAAAGGAGGUUUGUUUGUGGGUCACACUUUUCUCAAGAUUCUCUUAAUAGUAAAGGAAAUCGUUUGAAGAAAUCUGCAAUUCCAACAAUGAAUUUACCACACCUUCCACUUACAGAUGAAAUUCUGAAAGAUUUUCCUUUACAUCUUAGUUACAAUAAACCGCAGAAACAAGUCCUAAAAUCAGGUCCGUUAAUGGAGUGCACCAACAUCAACAUUCAAAAAAAUCAAAGUAGUAUUUUAUCUAAAGAUGCCAACUUCAGUGAUAAAGAGAAUGUUGAAGAUUAUACUGCUACAUCAAAUAUAAUUAAUUUGUCAACUGAUGACUUAAUUCCUAUUGCAUCAAGUUCAAAGGCACCAGAACAUUUGACUUUCAGAAGGAAUACAGACCUUCCCGACACAUCAAUUUUAGAUACUUCAACAGAGGAUGCCGACGAGCCUCCCACUCGUUGCAAACCAGCUCCCAGAACUACUAGAAGAACGUCAUCAUCAAGACUGGCUGCUACUCCUAUUAUAGAAAAUGGUGUAAAAACUGAAGACAAUGCUGAGGAAGCGGUGGAAGUGAAGACCGAACCAGCGGAAGCAGAUGACAGUACAGCUGACAGCGAGAAUAAGGAAGAAACCAGUGAGGUGCCAGAAGUGACUGAAGACCAAGUGAUGCUCGGAGCCAAACUCGACAAGAGGAUCAAGUUUGUUAUCAGCUCUUCUCUGCCACCGCCACCACCGCCUAAUCAGGCCUUUGAGACGACAAGGGCCCCUGGGGGCUCCAUUCGAAUUACAGAACCUGUAAUAAGAACGUGCACUCCCAGGCAAUCUCUCAAAAGAAAACGUGUCGUCGAAGAGUCCAUUCAUUUCACCUCAGUCGAGAGGACAGCCGCCUGCGGAAUGGACCAGGAAGAGGAUGAGGCUGCGCUGGAGGAUCCGGAGCAAAUGGAGCAUGUGCGGAAGUGGGUGUGUGAGUUGCCGUCGCCAGGCACUUCCGGGUGUAUACCACCGUCGUCUAGUGUGCCCGACCCUGUGCCAUCAACAUCAGGUACUACGGUUCCUAUGCACACUAGAAUACGGGAAACCGAAGGCAGUGAGUUCGAUUCCGAUUUCGAUGAUGAAUUCGAUGUCGACGAACUCAUUGCUUCCGGCGGUAUGACUCGAAAUAUCCCGGACGACGACGAAUUGGAUGAUCGUGUUCGUAAAAUUGUACAAUCGGUGGAAAGGGCAAUGGAUGAAGCUGUCGACAACUGGGUUGGCACGUCUACUGUUUUCCAUUGGCAAGCAAACUUUGAUAGCUUUGGUGGUGUGCCUGAAACCUUUUCAGGGCCAACCCCAGGAGCUAUCAAAGACUACGAUACGCCCUAUGAAGCCUUUACAGAUAUCUGGAGUAGAGACAUCAUGGAGCUUAUCUGUAAGGAAACCAAUAGAUAUGCUAAGCAAGUUGUCGAUGCUGAAACUGCAGCUGGCACUUUGAAAGCAUCAUCUCGUUUACAUCGUUGGGUUGACACCGAUGUAGACGAGUUGUAUUUGCUUUUUGCUAUUUAUAUAUUCAUGGGGAUUGAUCCGCGUACUUCUCAGCAUGAAUAUUGGAAGGUCAACAGCUAUCUGGAAAUGCCAAAGUUCAGACAGUUGAUGACAUACAACCGCUUCAUAUUGCUAAGCAAAUUUCUGCAUUUUACGGACAAUUCUGAUGUGAGUCAGGAUUUGCCGUUAAGUGGAGGAAUACAGCUUUCAGCAAAGUUGCGGAAACUCGCACCAGUUAUUUCCCAUUUAAAUUCAAAAUUCGAGUGUUUGUACAAUUUAAAUCAAGAUAUAGCUAUUGACGAGUCAUUGACCUUAUACAAGGGCCGCUUGUCCUGGGCUCAAGCUAUAAGAUCAAAGGCCGCGCGAUUUGGUAUUAAAUCUUUUGAACUUUGCGAGUCUAAAACUGGAUAUAUGUACAGGUUUGAUAUUUACACUGGGAAGAAUUCUGAACGCAGCAAUGUGGCUCUUAGUGUUGAUUUAGCUGGCAAGAGUACCCAAGUGGUACUCGAUUUAUUGAAAGGUCUCGAUCGGAGAGGACACUGUGUUACGAUGGAUAAUUAUUAUAAUUGCCCAUCGUUGGCACGGUACCUUAAAACUUUGGGAUUUGAUUGUCUGGGGACAUUGCGCCCUAAUCGCGAACACGUACCAGAGGAGAUUGCUAAGGUUCCGAAGAAUGUGGCCAAGGGUACGAUCGUGAGUCGUCACUCUGGUGACGUUUCAUGCAUUGCAUGGAAAGACUCCAAAGUGGUCACUAUGAUCUCCACCUACCACACCGACGAAACCUAUGUAAGUCGAAAGGCUGGACGCGAGCUUGUAAAGCCCGUAGUUGUGAGAGAUUACAACAAUACUAUGGGAGGUGUUGAUCUGAAAGAUCAAAAACUCUCUAUGUAUUUGUUGGAGCGAAAGAGAUGUUUGAAAUGGUACAUGAAAAUGUUUAAAAGGCUGCUGAACGUCAGUGUGCACAACGCGCUCAUAUUAUUGUUGAGUUCUUUGGGUCGUCGAAAUAUGGCUUUGCUUACGCAUCGUAAAUUCCGCGAACAGCUCGCCUCAGCCCUCGUGACGGCUCAUCGCCGCCCGUCACGGGAGAUUGUAGUGCCUGUAGAGGAAAAUACGAGGCUAAGAAGGGACAUCAUGCACGUACCCGAAUACCUCGCCUCUAAUAAGAGAAUGCGUUGUCACAUUUGUCUUCGCAAUGGUACACGAAAGAUGGUGCAUUUGAAAUGCGAAACCUGCGACGAGGCUAUGUGCUUUGGGGAUUGUUGGAAGGUUUGGCAUACCGCCCAACAACUCCCAGGCAAAAUUAUCCACGUUCGAAAAGGGAGGCGUAAUUGAUAAUGCAUCAUCUUUUUGUACUUGAUUUGAAUGGUUCCUGAAUGAUGAUUAGAAUGUUCCUGAUGAAUGAAUGGAUUUGGUUGUGUUUGCCAUUAUGAUUCAAUUUCCCUAGACAAUAAUCUUUCCAUAAAUAGGACAAUUGCUUGUUAUGUUAUGAUGUAAAUUCCAGAUUUUUUACUCAUAGCAUUGGUUGACACUAGGCGGAAUUCUUAGUCAUACAGUAUUCUGUUGCUUUGCAGUUAGCGGCGCCCUUUGAGUAUAUAAAUAAGUGCCUUUGUGUCAGUUGUGGCAUUUGUUAUCCUUUCAUUCAACCCCAUUGUACAAUAUUACGACACGUUAUCUAGUUCGCGGUAUGUGUGCGCGUGUAAGAGAUGAUUGAAUGAUUGUUAUUAUAUCCUAGAUGUACAUAUUAUUAUAAUAAUGUAAUACAUAUUGACUGUAUGCAUCGUCAUGAUUGUUUCAUUAGAUUGUGUAUGUAUUUUAUAAUACACAAUUGUGUAUAUAUUUAGUUACUGUAACAUCUAUCAACAUAUAUUUUAUAGUUUGUAUUGUAAUUUUUUCUAUUUUGUUCGUCAACUGACUAGAUAUUAGUGGAUACUUUUGUGUUCAAAAUGAUGAUGAAAUGAGAAUGAUGUCAAAAUAAAUCAGUACCUAUUUGUAUACACAACUUUGUGUUUCUGGUUUUAUUUGAGUUUGUCCAUAAAAAAUUAUGUAUGUUAAUUGUAAUAAUCAAAAUAUUGUAUGAUUGUUUGUAUGAAAUACCUACCUAUUUUUUAUAAAUACCAUUUUUCAUAUUA